CAGUAGUCACUCAGUUCUGCAUUUUCUUUUGCAAACUUGAACGCGGCUUGUAGAAUGAAAAUGGUGCCGGAGUACUUGUUCUUCCAUUUUCUCUUUGACAACUUUCAAACUUUUAUUCAGGUUUUUUUCUUUAUGGCUAUUUUUACUGUUUGGCUAGCUCCAGGUGGUCUCGCAUGGGCUCGUUCAAGGACGAAGACGCCGAAAUCUCUUCCUGGUCCAUCCGGUUACCCACUCAUCGGGUUACUCACCGUCUUCAGUGGGUCGAUACCUCAUCAAGUCCUUGCAAAGCUUGCUACAGCUUUUAAAGCUCGGCCACUCAUGGCCUUUUCAGUGGGGUUGACUCGGUUUGUUGUUUCAAGUGAACCAGAGACUGCUAAAGAGAUUCUCAAUAGUUCUGCUUUCGCUGAUAGACCGGUUAAGGAGUCGGCAUAUGAACUGCUGUUUCAUAGAGCUAUGGGUUUUGCUCCUUACGGUGUGUACUGGAGGAAUCUGCGGAGAAUCUCAGCCACCUAUUUGUUUAGUCCCAAAAGAAUCGCUGACUUCGAAAGUUUUAGGCGCGAAAUUGGUCUUCAGAUGGUGGAGCAAGUCAAAACUUCUAUGGUUAAAAAAGGUGAAGUAAAGGUUAAAAAAUUACUUCAUUUUGGGUCACUUAACAAUGUGAUGAUGACUGUGUUUGGUAAAAGGUACGAUUUUGAGCAUUCUGAUGAAGCUUUCAUGCUUGAGGAGUUAGUGAGUGAAGGGUACGAGUUGCUUGGAAUAUUCAACUGGAGUGAUCAUCUCCCUCUUUUGAGGUGGCUGGACCUGCAAGGUGUGCGGAGAAGGUGCAAAAGUUUGGUCUUGAAGGUGAAUACAUUUGUUGGAAAGAUCAUAGAAGAGCAUAGAUUCAGAAGGAUUCAUGGUGGUUUGGAUAUUGUCGGUGAUUUUGUUGAUGUAUUGCUUGAUUUGGAGAAAGAUGACAAGCUAAGUGACUCUGAUAUGAUUGCUGUUCUUUGGGAAAUGAUAUUCAGAGGAACUGAUACAGUGGCUAUUCUGCUGGAGUGGGUUCUCGCAAGAAUGGUGUUGCAUCCUGAAAUUCAAUCAAAAGCUCAGGCUGAAAUUGACGCUGUUGUUGGGAAAUCAAGGCCUGUGUUUGAUUCCGAUAUUCCAAAUCUGCCUUACCUUCAAGCCAUUGUAAAGGAAACUCUGAGGGUGCAUCCUCCAGGUCCUUUACUCUCAUGGGCUCGCCUUGCUAUACAUGAUGUUCAUGUGGGGGACAACUUUGUGCCAGCAGGAACAACGGCCAUGGUCAACAUGUGGGCAAUCACUCAUGAUGAGAAGGUCUGGUCAGAGCCAGAAAUGUUCCAGCCAGAGAGGUUUACCAACGAGGAUGUAAGCAUCAUGGGGUCUGAUUUGCGGCUGGCUCCUUUCGGGUCUGGCAGGAGGGUUUGCCCUGGAAAAGCUAUGGGUUUGGCCACUGUUCACCUCUGGUUGGCUCAGCUCCUGCAAAGUUUCAAAUGGGUUACCGCUUCUGAAGUAGUAGACUUGACCGAGUGCUUGAAACUUUCCAUGGAGAUGAAAAAGCCUUUGGCUUGCAAAGCCAUUUCGAGGUUGGCUGAACAUCUGGCUUAGAUUAUGUAUGAUAGUGAUAUAUCUAUAAUUAGGGUUUGGUGUGUGUUAGAAGCAUAUUAGGCUCUACUUGGAAACAAAAUGGUGAUGGGAUUUUGAGCUCUUAAUAUGUAGAAAAAUGUCCUAAGAUUAAAAUAGGAUCUAAAUCUUCCAUGUAGUGCAUUGUACACAAGUUUGGUGUUAUUAAUCUAAAGAAUAAAAGGAUGUUUUGUGUA